GUUGUUGUUUUUCGUGCAUGUGUCUGAUCUUACUCAAUUACUUUAGCCCAUCCUAUUUUUAGUUCCAUUAAUGCUGAAACCAGAUUGUAAUUGCUCUUGGUGAUUCACUGCUAUACACACACACAACAGACGGAGCGGGGAAGGAUCUCACUCAUUUACCACAACAAAUAGAGCUACAUAUCGAGAUUUUGUUGUCAUUGUUGUUGGUUUAAAAGCAUCUUUUUCAUUCUGCUAUAUGAUUUUAAAACUGUGUGACUGUUCAGCAAGACCAUUUGUACCUCCUGACUCUGGAAUGGUUUUAGGUUUUAUUUUCAACGAUCACCAUCAGCGGAAACAAACUGAAAAAGGAAAGCAAGGUCAUAUCAAGAGAAAAUGUCUGUGCUUAUCUCAGACUACAUCAAAAUUAUUUCUCUGUACAUCAAGAGUAAGGAUGCUACGGUCUUCAAUGGUCUUAUAGGUUUAGGAACAGUGGUCGGUCAGACGGCAUACAACAUCUUAGCAUUUAACUGUCCAUGUUCAGAAAAGAAAAAUUACCUGUACGGUCUGGCUGCCAUUGGUGUACCGGCUCUGGCUUUCUUUGUCAUUGGGGUAAUGCUAAAUCGAAAUACCUGGGAUGUUGUGUCAGAGUGUCGCACCAGAAAAUGCCGGAAACUAUCGGUGACUGCUGCUUUUGCUCUUUUGGGCUCCAUUGUGGGCAGAGCAGUCGUUGCCCCCAUCACUUGGUCUAUUAUUUCUCUCCUGAGAGGGGUGGCGUAUGUCUGUGCUUUCAGUGAGUUUGUAGACCCCUCUUCUUUGGACAAUUUCUCUUCAAACACACCUGGUCCAGAAAUCAUGGCCCGGUUUCCAUGCAAGGAUGUACCUGCUCCAUAUAUGAACUACUCAAGAGUGAUUGAACGCCAGUUAAAGUAUGAAUCCCAGAUGUUGGGCUGGUUGCUGGUAGGAAUCAUCUCGCUCUCCGUCAUUCUCCUUCUCUGUCUGAAAAAUUGCUUCUCUCCUCUUGGCUAUCAUCAGGAGGCGUACUGGUCUCAGUAUCGUUCCAGCGAACAAGCUCUUUUCCAGCGUACAGCUGAAGUGCAUGCUAAAUACAAUGCAGCUGAAAAUGUCAAGAAUUAUUUUGGCUUUGUGGCCUUGGAAAAACAGGAGAAGGAGCUUCUAGCAAACUGCAGGGGAAUUAAGAGCGUCAUACCCAGAAUGGAGUGGAACCGCGUCACUGGAGUUUACAUGUACAGAGAGGUUGAUGACACUCCCCUGUACAGUCGCUUGAACAAAUGGGCCAUGUACACAAAUGAGCAUGGCUGUUAAGUACUUGGCAAAGAAACUGACAUCCUUUCAUAUUUGCCUAUGACAAAUGAGUGUCUGAUGAAUAAUACUACACACCUAAAAAGUAAUACCUUUGGUAUUAAGAAACACCCAAGAAUUAUGUGUACCAUAUAUGAAAUUUAAAAAAAUUGUU